CUCCCCUUCUAUCCUCCUAACACCACCAUCAAGGCGGUGGGCGCUCCCAGCAGGGCGCGCGCAACUGCAUGGCGUGUGCACAAAAAACUUCGCUGGCUGGGAAUGCAUCAAGGGAGGAAUCCAUCCGGCGGCGGCGACUAUGACCUGGAGAGGGAGGGGGGAACAUCUCAGGGGGGAUCGAGGAUCGAGAAUGAGGAGGAGGAGGAGGAGGAGGAGGAGGAGGAGGAGGAGGAGCGUCACACAGGCGUCGAGAGCAAAUUCGAGGGGAGCACUGUACAGAACGUGGCGCUGGCGAAGCGUGAGGCAGGUUUUCCCGCGCGGCGAGAUCCUGGUGCACGGCCACUGGCGGCGCGCGGCGGACCGCCCGAGGGGGGCUCGCGCCCCAGUUGGAAGAGAGGUGCCAGGCACGGCACCGGCGCGAGGGGGCCAGCGGUGUCCAGGAGGGGGCCCACGGAGGGUGAAAAGGCCGCCGCCCUCGGCCAAGAGGCGAUGGGGGGGGGCCCCUCCUCCGCGGGGGGGCAGCAUGCGCCGCGGGCGUGCAAGAAAAAAACCAGCGGGAGGCGGGGUCUCCGCCGCGCCGGCCGGCGGCGGGUCCAAGGGGGGAGGGGAGGGGGAGGGACAGGAGGAAGCAGGCUACAGUGGGCGCGCUCGCGCCAUGUCUGAC